CUAAUUAAUAAAAACAAAUACUGUAUGUUGAUGAUACGUUGUGCAUUUAUUUUUCAAAAAUACAUGAAAUAAUUUCAAACUAAUGAUAAAGUGUGAAUAGAAAAAGAUCAAAGGAAUAAACAAUUAUCAAAUAUACAUAUUGUCACUGUCCUGCGAAAGACCUAUAGGUCCAUUUUUUGUCAUUUUUAAAAUGUUUACAGUCAAUGCUAUUUGGAAUAGUAUUCUUAAAGCGGAUGUGGAAACAAAACGUUUUAAUAGAUUAUUUUAUUUUAUUUUUUUAUGUAAUCGUCAAAUUUGGAUGCAGUAACUCGGUUGGCCUCGCGAGGGCUUCCAAAGGAGUGGGCGCAGUGGUCGUUGAAUCAGGAUCGGCCACCAGGCGCAUGCGUGAAGGUUUGAAAGAGAAUACGCCAUAUUGAAUCCCAAACGAAAUCAGCCGGCGGUUUCACCUAUACGGCGGCGUAGUGGGAGCGACUUUACACAUGUUCAUACCGAGCGUUCACGCGUAAUUUCCUAGCUCCCUGAGACGGCAUAGGGACAUAUCUCGGCACGCGGCAUCACGACGGGCUCGCUGGCGUUCUACCCAAUAAGGGAGGGGGCGGGGAGGGGGGAGUCACCGGAGAACCAAGUUGAAUGGAUCCGAGGGUAGCUUGGAUUCAGCCCGAACAGAAAGGACCGGCGAACGCCUUAUGGAUGCACGUUUGGGAAACGUCUCAGGGAGUACGGACGCUCUCCGCUCAGCACGCCCUCAACCAGUGUGUCAACUACGUCGCGCUGGACGUGUUGAAAAAUGCCGUGGUGUCGAACAAGAGCCCGGGCAGCGGCGGCGGCGGAGACUGCGGCCAUCGCGGCAUCAUGAACGGCGGCGGCUCGAAUUGUGUGAACGACGCCGCGAUAACCUCCCUGGGCAUGGCCCUCUCCAACUUUUUCGGCCCUGAAUCCGACGCGGGUGAAGGCAUGGCAAUAUCCCCGAAGGCCGGGUCGUCCUCUCUGGAAUCCCGCACGGCGGACAGUCCCCCCUCCUGCUGCCUGCCGGAAAGAACCACGACCGGGAACAAAAACGUCGGCCUGCUUUACGCGCUGGGUGACAGCACGGACAACAACCAGUACCACCGACGGCUCCUCCAUCACAGGCGUCACAUGCUCAAUUUUCAUCAGUUGUGCGCUCAAAAUCAGCAGGUGGCUCCUUCCUUACCUGGGAACCACUCUCACCCUCAUCGCCAUCACCACCAUCAUCUUCACCCCGACCGGACAAAAAGUGACAAUAAGGCCAGCACUUACGGGAUCAAUUACUUGCUUUCAAAUUGUACUAAUGGCAACGACGCGAGCACUUGGACGCCCUGGAAGACGAGAAAGUAUAACCCGGGAGUUCUCGGACUCCACGAGGAGGUGAUGGACUUCUACAACUUCUUGUCUCCACGGCCCGAGGAGGCCGCAAUGAGGAAAGAGGUGGUGAGCCGGAUAGAGAGGGUCAUCAAGGAGCUGUGGCCCAUUACAGAUGUCCAAAUAUUUGGCAGCUUCAGCACAGGACUGUACCUUCCAACGAGUGACAUUGACUUGGUGGUGUUUGGAAAGUGGGAGCGCCCCCCGCUGCAAGACUUGGAGCAGGCUCUUCGCAAGCACAACGUUGCCGAGUCCUUCUCCAUCAAAGUGCUGGACAAAGCUACGGUGCCAAUCAUCAAGCUUACAGACCAGGAGACCGAGGUGAAGGUAGACAUCAGCUUCAACGUCGAGUCUGGCGUCAAGGCGGCGGGCUUCAUUAAAGAUUGUCUUCAGAAGUACCCGAUGCUGCCUUACCUGAUCUUUGUGCUGAAGCAGUUCCUGCUGCAGAGAGACCUGAAUGAAGUCUUCACGGGCGGAAUAAGCUCCUACUCCCUCAUCCUCAUGGUCAUCAGCUUCCUGCAGCUUCAUCCUCGCAUCGAUGCCAGGAACCCCAGCGAGAACUUGGGCAUCCUGCUGAUCGAGUUUUUUGAGUUGUACGGUCGCCAUUUCAACUACUUGAAAACGGGCAUUCGCAUCCGAAACGGAGGCGCGUACAUUGCCAAAGACAACCUGGCCGUGACGGCGGGUUACGGGCCGUCCAUGCUUUGCAUCGAAGAUCCGUUGCUUCCGGGCAACGACGUGGGCAGGGGUUCCUACGGCGUCAUGCACGUCAAGCAGGUGUUCGACUACGCCUACACUGUCCUCAGCCACGCCGUGUCGCCGCUGGCCCGAUCGUAUCCCAACAAAGACUCCGAAAGCACCUUAGGAAGAAUAAUCCGGUUGACCCAGGAAGUGAUCGACUACAGAGAGUGCGUCAUCAAAAAGUGGGGGGGCAGGGAUGUGCCUCGAGCGGACGACACAGCGCCGACUCCCAAGGCGCCGCUUUGUGACCCCGGCGUCGGGUCCGAGGAACCGCAGAGGGACUCGGCGUCCCCCCAGAGCGCCGACUCGCCGAUGUCCAUCUCCAGUCCGCAGCGGCACUCGUCCGCCUCCUCGGUCUCUUCUUCGCUCUCUGGAUCAGACAAUGACUCGGAUUCGGCGCCGCCCUGUCCCGCGCAUCCGCCCCCUCUGCCGGCCUACGCGUCAUUCCCACGGCUGGGCCUGGCUUUUCCGCGGGGAUUCACCAUGGCCGCCGCCAAACCGGCAAUGGCAGGGCACCAUCUGGUCUUGCCUCCUGGCUCACAGGCUCACGCCUCUCUCCCCGUCACGAUUCACCGCAUAGCCGGCAGACAGCUGUGCAUCGACGCCCGUCUCCCCGCCUUCUACCACAUGCACCCCCCGGCCCACGCCCCCGCCGCUUCCAGUCCCCAGCCCCUGCCCGGCCCCCACUGCAGCCAUGCGCAUAAGAACGCCGUCAAAUUCAACAUGAAGGUCUUGCACAACCCGCCGCUCAUCACCAACGUGGUUGCCAUCUCGCGCGGAGGACACGCUCACUCGCACGCACAGCGCCACCGGCGCACUCGGCGAUGCCGGAAGAGGGACAGCCUACCGGUCGGCCACAGCAGAUAGAGGCCGGUCGUGACCCCCCCCCCCCCCUCCAGCCCCCCCAAUCCCUCGCAAAGACCAGUUUUGUGCAAUAUUUUUUUUCUUUUUGCAUCUUAAUUGCUUAUUUAAUUUUGUGCGUAUAUGUCAAAGGCAUUUUUUUUAAUACAGUUUAUUUUUGUAGAGUUUUUUACAUUCUGUUUACAGAACCUUUUGAGGUAUUUCUGGUGAGAAGGAGCCCAGGUCCAAGAGCCCCCUCCUCUUAUCUCAGUAAGCCUCACGUUUUCCCCACCGAAACGAGGUGAGUCUGUUGCUCCUCGAAGAACUUCUCUCUCUCAUUCCGGAGGCGAGUGGCAGGAAAAUUACACCCUGCGAUCAGAUCUCACUGAGAGGAUCUCAUUGUGUUUCGGCUUUCGCAACCUCAAGAUUGUCUUAUCGUCUUUUUCGUGGACUCUUUUUUCCGUCACUGCCUUCUUCCCCUUUCUUUACUGUUUUUUUUUCCAAUUUGGGGGAAUUGUCAAAAUUGGUUAGAAAGAUGGAGAGCAACUUGUGAGAGUGACUGUGGCUAGCACCAGAACGUGCUUAGCGAUAAGGGGCUUCCCAAAAAAAAAAUAAUAAUAAUGCCACCUGAUGCAAGGACCAGAGUUUAAAAGGAAUUAUAUUUUGAUUCCAUUCAGGAUUUUUGUGUAUAUCUGAUCGCCAGGUACUUCCCCUAAUUGUUUGUGAUGUGGGUGUGGGUGUGGGUCUUCACGCACACUCACAGAGAGGACGGCGCAAACAGCUGUGACUCGCCAUCAUCACUACCAACGCUCACCCGCGUUCUUUCUUUCUAUGCAAAUGGGUUACUCCAAUUAUCACGUCUCGUUUUGUGCAAUCGAGGGUUGUUGUUUUUCCGACAAGGCUCAAAUAGACUGGGCAGAAGUUCAUUUAUAUUCGUGUGAAUGCGUUUGUUGGUGAACCACAUCUUCCCCCCCCCCCCCCUCCCCCGACUCUUAUAUUAAUAUGAAACUCCCGAGAUGUCCCAAAAUUCUAGUUUUGUACACAUAUCCGCCAAAUGUAAGGAGUAGGGGAAUUUUAUCAUCCGCAUUUGGGCUCCGAGUCUGUUCAGUGCGUGCCCGUGUGACAUAGUUUAAGUCCUCGUUGAACAUCUCCAGACGGUUUUGGAGUCAAGACGGUCUGCGCCCAGAGAGCGACUUGCCCUCUGUGCGUGCAGCGUCAUUGCUCUUUUUACACGAUGUUGAUGUUCACUGCCCUUACGCGAUUUCAAUGUUUCUCUUUUUCUUGCUUUUCUCCACGGGCGAAAGCGCCCGGCAACUCUCACCCACCGCUCACAACUGCCCGCCCGAGCCCCCAUUUGACCCCCAGAUGAAUGGUGCUCGGCCGCCGUUUUUUAAAAAUCUUUGAUGAUUGCAUUCCAUUACAAGCCCCGUAAUUCUAUAAAGUUCUCAAAUACUUUUUUUUAAACCACAUCUGCUUUUAUGAAGAAGCAACAAUGAAAUCGCCAGUGCCAAUUUUCUGUCUUUGGCAGGACAAAAAAAAAAUUGGAUUAAUCGUCCAAUUAUGUAAUAAAUAAAUAUGUAUUAUUUUACUCAUUCAUUCAUUUCAUAGAAUAAUACAUAAUAUAAAUGUUGGUCCCUUAACACUUACAACUACAAAGCGAUGAGUCACAAAAACAUAUUUAUAAUUCAUAUAAAAUGUCAGGUCGGAGAAGGAUGUAAUUCACACAAAAUAUCAUGCUGUCUUCCAUGCUUUUCCCUUACUUCUCGCCUGUACCAACUAUAAAAUUAUAUCGGUGUUUCAAGGGCAAAAUAUUUAUUAUUUUAAUAUCAGCUGACAUAAUGGGUCGGGCCCAGGAAAUAAGCACUGGGCAGUUUGUUGGACUGGGUCAGAGUCGCCAAAUGUCUUCAUGCAGUAUCUUCUCUUGUGUCCGUGUUCACUCCUUGCUUCAAUUUUAAGAGUUCUGAAGUGAAGCAACUACUGUCGACCACUAGAUGGGGCACAUAAAGGCCCUUACAAUGUACAUGAAGGUGCAACAUAACCCCCCGAUUUAUUGUGAGCCAGAAACCACACAGCCAGCUUUUGUUUCGGGGCUGUUUUUUUCUGGACGUUUUUACGUAUGUUUUUCUAUUUUAUUUUUUAAAUAAACAUCUUAAAAUCGC